UCAUUUUCUAACAAAAAAAAGUCCGUCAGCUGUUAGCCUAAAUCUGUCUGUUAAUCAUGUUACCUCAGAACAAGUUUAGAUCAAUGACAGUUUGAUAAACCAAAUCCCUAAUUUAUAGUAUUUUACCCAUUUCCAACAUCCUGUCAACUAUUAACCCUAUCAUUUUCAUUAACUGUAGAGUUCACAGAUCGUGUUUCUGCAUGACAGCACUUUUAGCUCUCCCUAUUUAAGUAACUCCCACCUAUGGAAGUUUGGACAAACUAGCCAAUCAAGUUGAAAGCAUUAAUCAAGAACAAAAUACAGAGAUAUGGCGACAACAGGGAAGGCUAUCACCUGCAAAGCUGCUGUUGUCUGGGGUCCUGGAGAGCCUUUUGUCAUUGAACAGAUUCUGGUUGAUCCUCCACAAAAGAUGGAGGUUCGCGUCAAGAUUCUCUUCACUUCAAUCUGUCACACUGAUCUUGGUUCAUGGAAAGGCGAGAAUGAAGCUCAGCGUGCAUUUCCGCGGAUUCUAGGCCAUGAAGCUGCAGGAAUUGUUGAGAGUGUUGGAGGAGGAGUGAAGGACAUGAAGGAAGGAGACCAUGUUAUUCCAAUCUUCAAUGGAGAGUGUGGGGAAUGCAAGUAUUGCAAGAAUGACAGAACUAAUAUGUGCAAGAGUUUUGGUGUAAACCCAAUGAAGUCUACAAUGUUUAAUGAUGGAAAAUGUAGGUUCUCUACAAAAGAAGGGAAACCCAUCUUCCAUUUCCUCAACACAUCCACUUUUAGCGAGUAUACGGUGCUCGAUUCUGCUUGUGUUGUAAAGAUUGAUCCUCAAGCUCCCCUGCACAAGAUGAGCUUGUUAAGUUGUUGCGUUUCAACUGGCGUUGGAGCUGCCUGGAAUACUGCUGAUGUACAAGCCGGAUCGAGCGUGGCAAUCUUUGGCUUGGGAUCUGUAGGGCUUGCUGCUGCGGAAAGAGCACGAGCAAGAGGUGCAUCAAUGAUUAUAGGGAUUGAUACUAACCCUGAGAAGUUCAUCAAGGGUCGACUGCUUGGAGUAACAGAUUAUCUGAACCCAAAGAAUCUCUCAAAGCCAGUACAUGAGGUAAUCAGGGAAAUGACAGGAGGAGGAGUAGACUACAGCUUUGAGUGUGUGGGGAACUUGGAUGUUCUCAGAGAGGCCUUCUUGUCUACUCAUGAAGGCUGGGGAUACACAGUCGUGUUAGGAAUCCAUCCUUCUCCAAGAAUGCUCCCUCUACACCCAAUGGAGUUAUUCGACGGCCGGUCGAUCGUAGGUUCAAUCUUUGGAGGCUUCAAAGGGAAGACACAACUGCCUUAUUUUGCUAAGAAAUGCAUGGCUGGGGUGCUGAAUCUUGAUGAGUUCAUUACACAAGAGCUCCCAUUUGAGAAGAUAAAUGAAGCACUGCAGCUGCUCAUUGAUGGGAAAUCCUUAAGAUGCCUUCUCCACUUUGAUCCCUCACGCAUGCAGCAACACUUUCACUACAACACUGACAUGCUGUAAUACAUACAUACAUACAUACAUAAUCUAUGUUUGUCUCACGUUUCACAGCAACAUGUGAUCGUUUAUUGUACGUU